AUGAGUACAUCUGGGUUUCGACGAGGACCCAUUUGUGGUGUUGACAAUUGUCCAUCCAGAUUAUGGCGAACAAUCAACGGUCGGAUGGUUUGUCAGUUUGGCCAUGUUAAUGAAUAUGCAUUAGAAUUUAAUGAUGAGGAAGAGAAUAUGGAGUCUUUGGCUAGUGGACGGAUGACAAGGAGACUCAACAAUGUUGUUGGCCUAUCGCAAACCACGGCUAGACAUAGGAUCGCACAAAAAAUGAUGGAUAAUGCAAAUACUGGAUUUUUGUAUGGUUCUGAGCUCAAUGUGCUUAUGUUACGAUCAAUGCAGAUCAUAUUAUCAAAGCAGGCUCGUGCUGUGAUUGAUAUAUAUGGACUUGACUCUGAUCUUUACAUUUCAUUUGUUAAACUAUACUGGAGUCGAUUACUUGCCGAGUCAUAUAAAGAUCAGACCUCGGCAGGUUUUAAAUUUGCAAUAAACAUUGCAGUUCUUUUGGAAAUAUGCUAUAUCGCACUCUGCAAGGUUACUACGCCAGUUUAUCUUACUGAUUUUCUAAAUGCUGUUAAUUUGGAGUUGAUACCAUGCAAUAAGGCGAUAGAUUGUCUUCCCGCGAGUAUUUUUAGAAGAAUACCCCCCACUUCACAUACAAAGUUCAAAUUCAACUUAAAUUUCCGGGCCAGCUUUUUCAAAUAUAGAUAUGUGAAUCGCUUUGUCAAGCACCGCUCCGAAUUGUCUCAGAUCAAGUUGAAUUAUCACCCUCUUUUGGUCCGCCUGGUGCUUGAUAUGUAUUUACCACUUGAGCUUAUCCAACUUGUUUCAGAGAUCAUUUCACGGGCCUCGGUUAGUAUGAAGUUUGAUCAAGAAGAACUCCACCCGGAGCUCAAGUUAAUCGGGAUCUUAAUUGUUGCUGUCCGUAUAUUUUUUCAGCAUUCUCCAAAUAUGUAUGGAAAGUGGCUGUUCCUAUACACGGAGCAUAGAAAUGACCCUGAAAGAUUUAAUACGUUGGUUAAUCCUGCGGCUGUGCAGGCCGAGAUUCAGUUCCAUUCGAAACCAAAGGAUAUCUUUCGUUGGGAUAGGUACAAAAUCAAACAGGUUGCUGAUUUAUACCAGAAGUACUAUCUUCCAGUUUCUUCGAACGAGAAUAUCCCAACUUUCGCAAAAGGUUCAGGGGGUCAGAAAAUGCUUGUCCGUGGUCUUAACUCUAUUUUUUCACUGGAUCAAGAAACUGAAACACAGGCAGAUGAAAAGUUGGUAAUUAGUAAGUAUAAAGAACAUUUCAGUCGCAUCUACACUCAGCUUUAUGAAUCAGACAAUACACAUGACUACAAAGUUAGCAAAUGCACUUUGGACUCUUUGGAACUUGUAGAUGUCUUGGUGGACCAUUUUAGAGACAAUACAGGACUUCUUUAUAGGGAUUUUGAGCCGAUUGUUGGCUAUGGAGAGCAGAUUGUGGCGAUAUGGGACAAGCAGGGGAUUCCGGAUCGGGAAGCUUGA